GCCCCGUCAUGCGAGCAGCCAGUCAGUCACCAAUCCACACAUCCAGACAGCCGGCAGCAAACGGAAAGGGACAGCUGCGACGGACACCACACGCUUUAGACAACGCCAGCCGUCCCGUCAACCAACCAGCCACACAUGUCUGCCAUCUGCCCCCUCCCAUCGAUGCAGGCCCUCGUGCGCUACCCUGGGAAAUCGCACCCGUGUGUCUGUAUCUUGUGUCGAAUGCCUUCCUCUUCGUGCAGGCCUCUAGAUAGGUAACUCUGUGUACGGAUGAUGCCAGCGAGAGUCGUUACGCGCAUAUACAGGUGUUCUCCACCACACGUGUCAGUCAUCGAAUAAGGCAGCAUCAUCGAUCAACACAUCCAGGUAUGUAACCCUCCACGCGGCACAUACAUGGAUGGCUGCAGCACAGGGCAUUCAUGGAGAUACAUUCACAGCACGAUGCCGGCAGGCCGGCAGGUGAACGAACACACAGCCAGCCAGAGUGUCUCUCUCCCUCCCUCUAUGUCCGUCUGUUGUCCUGUCCAUUUAUGUAACUUGCCCGUCGCCCAUCAACCAGUUAUGUACACGCCCGCCGUCCGUUGGCUAUCUGCCUCUGUCGCUGUGUGUGUCUUGCCUGACCUAUAGGUCAGCGGCACUUGUCGAAGGCAGCUUCCCAGGCAGCUUCGAUACCCAUUGUUCGAUACGGAUCCACUCCUCCAAAAAAAUACGCGGGAUGUCCUUCUUGAUCCCCCACUCCUUGCUACCCUCCCCGCCUGUAGUAAGUCAACAGAUGGACAAAACACGUGAGUGAGUGCGUGAGUGAUUUCGCCCGACCAUCGCUCUUCUUGGGUUGCUCGGCACCAGCUGAAUGAACAGAGAGAAGCACCAAGGAGGCAGACAUGACCCACGGAUCAUGGAUGGAUGGACAGUGGUUGAGUGCGCACAUGAAUGGUUGGUGCGUGUGUCAAAUGUGCUCACGCACCUGUGGAGGUGGACACACUGGUCAGGGGCUCUGCCGGCGGCGAGGCAGACGACGAGGACGAACGUCGGGCAGCCAUGAUGAGCUCCAAUCUACCACAGCAAGUGGCCAAUCUACCACCGCAUGCGCCCCAUUCCGCCGUGCAUCCGGG